AGUGACAUGUAGAUGUGUUAGUAAAUUAAAUGGCGACUUGUGAAUAGAGACGUAUUUCAACAAAAUAUCGUUUACAGAGAUUUACAAAACCUUUAUAUCAAAUAUCGUGCAACAAAUAUUACACUGAAUUAAUUAAAAUGCGCUCAGUUGUGGAAAUCGGAGCUAGCGUCCCAGCCUUUUUGGGAAAAUUAUGGAAAUUGGUUAAUGAUUCAGAGACCAAUCAUUUGAUUUCAUGGAGCCCUGGUGGGAAAACUUUUGUUAUAAAAAAUCAAGCUGACUUUGCCAGAGAACUUUUACCUCUUUAUUAUAAACAUAAUAACAUGGCCAGUUUCAUUAGGCAAUUGAAUAUGUAUGGAUUUCAUAAAAUAACAUCAGUUGAAAAUGGUGGCUUAAGAUAUGAAAAAGAUGAAAUUGAAUUCUCCCACCCAUGCUUUAUGCGUGGUCAUGCCUAUCUAUUAGAGCAUAUUAAAAGAAAGAUUGCAAAUCCUAAGGCAAUUGUAGCAAGCAAUGAAGGUGGUGAUAAAAUUCUCCUUAAGCCUGAGCUAAUGAACAAAGUAUUAGCAGAUGUAAAACAAAUGAAAGGUAAACAAGAGAGCCUUGAUGCUAAGUUUAGUGCAAUGAAGCAGGAAAAUGAAGCACUGUGGAGAGAGGUUGCAAUACUACGACAGAAACACAUCAAGCAACAGCAAAUUGUAAACAAUCUAAUACAAUUCCUAAUGUCUCUUGUCCAACCAACAAGAGCUCCCAACUCAAGUGGCAAUAAUGUAGGUGUUAAACGGCCAUAUCAGUUAAUGAUAAACAAUGCCGCUCACAACUCGGGAACUGAUGGUGCUUACCCUGGUAGGCUGAAGAAUAUAAAACUUGAUAAGGAUGCCUUAAUGGAAGAAUUGGCAGAAGACAAUCUGGAGGAUGGUCCAACUAUUCAUGAACUGGCACAUGAUGAUAUCUUACAUAAUGAAGCAUCUCAGGAUUCUCUGGACCCAUCUAGAUAUGUGUAUGUUUCUGUCCUGGAUUCUGACAACAACCAAAUAUCAGAUUCUCGCAAAAGUACUGAUCCAUAUCACGUCACAAUGGAUGAUGGUGAUGAUAUAGAAACAGAUGGUACCAGAAUUUCGUUUCCAACAAGCAAUACAGGCUAUUUGAGGAUACCUGACACUCCACCUAUAAUUACGUCACCAUCACCAACAUUAACAACUACGCCUCCAGUAAACAAUCUGUCAAUUGAACAAGCCAUUAACAAUGUGACAUCUCCAGGAACAUCCAAACCAAAGAAUAGCAAUAGCUUGAAAACUGCAAUGGCUUCAAAGAGCUUACUCUCGCCAAGCAAUUUUCACAUAAUGAACCCUUCACCAGAUUUCAAGCUUCCCGCUGAGAUAUUUGCAAGCGACGACUCUGUUAGUGACACUGGUAUUAAUACAGCAGAAGAAAUAAAUACAGACCACACGUUCACUGGUGAACAAAUGACAAAAGACAAAAUGUUCGGUGGAAUUAAUAUUAAGGUGGAGAAUAAUGGCAAAAGAAGUUUUAAAGUUGCCAAAAAAUCUAAAAAGUCCAGGGAACAGAACGCAUGCACAUUGAAUCUAGCUGACAUCAAGACAGAACUUCAAGAUGAUCUGGACUGGAACAAUAUGUCAUUGGCUACUAUGAACAAUAAUGCUAACGUAAAUAGGUUACAGGCCAUGUGUAGGAGGGAUAACAUCAGUCAAAAUCGGGAUGAAUAUCCUUCCCACUUUGGACCGAAUCCACACAACAACAAGAAUGACAUUGAUGAUCAUUUAGAUACAAUGCAGACGGAUUUGGAAUCGCUAAGAGAGCUGCUCAGAAGCGACACCUACUCCUUAGACACGAACACGUUGCUAGGGAUUGAACAAAGUGUAAGACCAACAGUUUCUCACCAUACCAAAGACAAUCUAUUCGGAUCAGAUGAUCCAUUCUAUGGGCUUGCUUACAAUUCGUCGGAUGAACGGGCUAAAACUAGCAAUAAUGCUAUGAAGCUGAAAAGUGAGAUUACAAAUGUAAGCAGCGACGAAAUUCGCGAAAACAACCAGAGCCCGAUUACCGAAGACGAUGCUGAAGGGAAUCAGCUAAUAUCGUAUACAGGGAAUAUUCCAGACUUUGGAGAUAUAAGUAUGCCUGAUCUGGAAUGCGAGAAUUCCCAGGAGGAGUGUUUGUCGCCGCGCCCUGGCAGUUCAAUGCUCAACACUCCCCAGGUGACGCUCCAAUCGCCCUCCUACCCCGUGCGACCUUGAAGAAGAACUAAACGUCGACGCCUCGGGAUAUAGGAAGGCAAGAUCUCCAGAUGAUUCGUAUGGAACGAUUUUUGCGUUGAAUUUAACGUAUACUGACGUUAAAGAGCGUGCCUACACCAAGCUUGGUGUACGUGCAUGGAUCGUAACAAGCUCCCGAACAUCAUCGAAGCAUAUCAACGCCGAGUGAGCGAGUGUGGGAUUCGCUAAAUGGAGGGAAUACUUUUUGUGAGAGUAUAUUGAGUUAUGGUGUAGUGUUUCGUUUACUCGUAUUUAAAUUGUACGUAAACAAUCUUUCAAGAUAUCAAGUGGGAUCCCAUUUUUGAACUACGAUGCCCAUCCAUUGUACAAAUACCGACAAAUAAUGAAAAGCAACAUUAAAGUUCAAAAGACUGUAAGAUAUUUUACAUUUUUCCCACUUAGCGAGCGUUAAAAAACAGUCAAUAUUUAAGAUGUAUUCAAAAUUCAUUAACUUUUCAUUAUUUAUCCGACAAACAACCCCGUUAAAUUUUACAAGCAAGUAAUUUUUUUUUGUCCAUGUUGAUCGGUUCAUACUGUUUUUAUACAUUUUGACAAACAUGUUUGAUUUCGUACAAUUUUUUAGUUAUGAACUGCUGAUAGUGGGCAGGCAUUUAAUAAUAUUUAUAUUGCUUACUUUUAUAAUUGUAAAUAAUAUUUCUUGCCUCUGUAUUACAAACCAUCCUAUAUUUCUCUUGUGAUUUUUAAGAUAAGUGCGUGCGUCUAUGUUUAACUUUAUUUAAACACAUACAUAAUAUAGAUUUUAUUCGGCAAAUAAUAUAGGUGUACCUAUUAUUUUUGCUGCUUGGUGCCUUUGAAACUAGAACGCGUAAUUAAUAUUUUUAUACCAUAGAUACAAUAGCAAGCAUUUGUCAUACUUUUAUUUAAAAAUUACCUUAAGAGCGUUUCAAAUGAAACCGAAUGCUUGAUUAGAUUAAUGGAAUAUCGUGCUGGACGGCACAAGUAAAAGAAUCAUAUUUCAACUCUUGUUGAUUAAACUAUAAGUUUUUAUACAUAGGUUAUGGUAACUCUAAUAUCUCGACUAAAUAUUUGCGUUAAAUCCGACUGACGACUUUUUGCCCACUCUGACUUUAUUCCGACCCACGUCGGUCUACUUAUAACUGGUUACAAUACUGAGUACCUAAACAAUAUUUUCACUAGAUCACGCCCUUUCUAUUUCAUACAAAUCGUAGUUAACUCUCACGCAUCAAAUAAGUGAACUCUGUUACAAAAAUCUCACACCUGGGUCCCUACCCAGAGCUGAGUGCAUAUUUGACGUGAACAGCAUGAUAGAUGUUUAACCUGGGCAAAAAAAAACACAUAAAUAUAAAUUGCUUAUUUCCCAACAAUACAGGUUGUAAAUUUUUUCUAAGGUAGACAAUGCUUUCGUGCAUAUAUGAAGCUCGCUUACUCUGUAACCAAUUAGUUGUAGUAACUUCCUGUGUACAUGAAAGAUACCUAUAUUUUCGAAUUCUGAAAUUAACAAAAAUUGUUUCGUAAUGCGCUCA